GCGUUCGCCCCUGCGGUCUCUGAGCGUCCCGUCUUUCUUGAAGGCCUCGUAAAUAGCAGCCUGUUGAUAUGGAUAUGUCACUGACCCCAUCUUUUUCUCUCUCAACCUCGCGUCUCCUCCAUCCUGUAAAUUCGAGUACUGUCAUUGUUAUUCAUGGCGGACCAACAACUCAUACAGAUUCUUCGUAGUACCGGUUUCCUACCAGACUCCGACAGGUCAUGGAUCCAGGAAGCCAUAAUAACAGCAGAACAAGAAAUAACUCUUCUCAACGCCCAAAUAGCUCAACUCGAAACCAAACGAGACGCUCUUACUCAGCACGCAUCAGUAUGCCGCUCGGCACUUUCUCCAAUCCGUCGUCUACCGCGCGAUAUGCUUCAGGAGAUAUUUUCUUGGACAUGUGGUCUCGGAGUGGACCGGGAAUGGCGUGCACCUUGGCUAUUGGGCCAGGUAUGUGGCUCGUGGCGCGAUGUCAUGAUGACCUCCCCAUUUUUAUGGUCUACUAUAGCCACCCCGCUCCCCGGUAUUCAUCCAUCCCUAUUAGUUGAGGCCCUCCGACGCUCGGGGAGUCACCCGCUGAGCGUGAUGUUGAUGUUCAAAUGCGCUCUUUCAAAGGACAAGUUAUUGGAUAUCUUCUUCCAACACUCUGGCCGAUGGAGGGUGAUGAAGAUCGAUGCGGCUGGGUUGCCAGGCCAUGAUAUCGACGUGCUUUUGCAGCGAUUAUCUGUCGUCUCUGGGAAACUGCCCUUACUGGAGGAAGUAUACUUGGAUGUGGGCGCUAAAUGCCUUCUACAUUCUACCGGUACAUUUGCGGUAGCUCCUUCUCUCCGGAGAGUGGACCUCCGUCGUUUCGUGCUCUUCCAAACACCGAUAGACGAGCGACACCUCACACAUCUUUCGGCGACCAUAACUCAUAUCUCAGACAUUGAGCACAUCAUGUCUUUUCCUUCCCUCGUCGAAUGCCAUCUUUCCGUGCACAAACCUAUAUUCCAGUCGUCCUCUCCAAUCCGUUUCAUGAGUGAGCGAAUCAUCCGGUUCUCCACCAACAGUACCCAAAUAUUGGACACUCUCACUCUUCCGAUGUUGCAGGAGUUGAAGAUUGUGGGAUGCAGGGCCGAGUGCGGCCUGCUAACAGCGUUCCUGCUUAGGUCGGCGUGUAAGCUGCGAAGCCUCAUUACCGAUACCUCGUCUGGCCUCCGCCUAGACGAUUUAUCCUCGGUGGAGAAACUGACGGUUCACGUCAACCGGGAGAACAUUGUGUUUUCUCUUUUCCAUCAGCUUAUGUGCCCUAGAGUCCUCCCCGAGAUGCGCGAGCUAGUGAUAAGCAUUCCACCAAACUUUGUGAUGUAUGCGAAGACGCUAGCGGACGUCCUGAGGAAGCGCAUGGAAAGGCAGACGGUUUCGUUGAAGCUGUUAUGCACAGAUUCUGAUAAUCGGAUCAUUAAGCAGUUAAAGCAGUGUGGGUUAGACUUGCUGGAGAGCGAAGGGCUUCGUGUGGAUGUUGAGUAUAGUUCCUUGGAAUGUCGGCUCGAUUCUCCUUGGCUUUGAAGUUGGUGUCGAUACGAUGGUCAGUACGGGAUGCUGUAUUGCUGUGUUCCUAGCUGUGAAUGUAUUGCGCUUUGUUAGAAAUAAAGAAGCGGGAGGGGAUAAGAUGUAUGGUAUUGGUACCCAGCGGGUCAUGCAUGAUCUGAUCAGGCCGUGCACGGAAAUUGUCUCAUACCUGCCCUGAAAAAAGUUCGAAAUGUUGAUUCAUAUGAUGCCGAUGAAGUACACUACAUAGGCAGAUCAU